UUCCAGCAAAUGCUGGCUUACGCUUAUUCGCAUUACCUGUGCUAUAUAAUUGCUGCCCUAGUUGUGCGAGCAGACCACUCUCGGACAAGAAGACAGAGCAGUCCUCUACAGCUCGGAGACUUCCUUCAAAGUAAACGAUCAUGGACAUGAACGUGUACUUCCCUCCAAUGCACGUGAUGGAGAAGAGCGUCUGGCCAGGCUGGCCGGUCUGGAACCUCCAAGACAAAAGCCUCUUCCAGCAGCUGGAGCGAGACAUGAGGAGCGAGAUCGAGAGGAUGGAGCAAAUCUUCCGUGGAGUCGAUCAGCUCAGCAGCCACUCGUGGGCUCCGGGCAUCCCCAAAGUUGCGCUGCAACAGCAGCCGGCCGUGAGUGCCGCGUUCCAGAUCGAAGAUCAGCGGCAGCAGGGAGACGGGUUUGUCGCGACCCUGGACGUGCAGGGCUUCUCCCCAAAGGACCUGGCUAUGAAGGUGUCUGGAGACAAGCUGGUGGUGGCCGGACGUCGUGAGGUCAAGCGCGAAGGCAGCGGCGCCUACAGCCACAGCUACCAGGAGUUCCACGAAGCGAUGCAGCUGCCCAAGGACGUGGACCCGCAGAGCGUGAGCUGCUGCCUGACCGACGACGGGAAGCUGAAGAUCAAGGCUCAGCGCCGCGCCCUCCCUGCCGUGACUGCUGGGAGGCUGGUGGCCAUUGAGUGAGCUGGGAAGUGCUCACCAAAACAUUAACAUUUGGAAUCUAACGUUAAACGCCCUGCAGAAAGUGCUUGCUUCUUAAAUGCAAAAUUGUAACAAUGCUAAUUGUUCACAUUCACUAUGUGAAGUACAAUAAAAUACAUCUAAAAUGUUACGAAGUUAAUCAACGAAACAUGGCUUAAUUGUUCAAUGAAUAUACUCUUUGAAUCUAAUACCAAUUUCCAGAAGUCAUUGUUUUUCAAUUAACUUUGCUUUUCCUGCACAUAACGUUAAUGUUGUUCUCGCUUUUAAUGCCAUGCUUUGUUACAUUCGUUUCAAAUGCUUUUUAUAACGACAAACUUGUGAUGUUUUUUUGCAAGUUCAAUUUAAUUGUUACAGUGGAAAUAGUCUUGAAAAUAGAGUAAUUUGAUGCUGCAAAAUAAAAGAUCCCAGUAUUCAC